AUUAGUGUUGUACCCCAGAAAGGAUUAAUAGUGACACCAAUAGUUUUUCUUCUUGCUCUCUUGAGUUUCACUUCCUCUUUUUUCGCCCGAUUGAGCUGUGGCAGUCACAGUGAAGCACGACGAAAAGUCUUCAUCUCCGCUCCCCAUCAGCUUAUCGCUCCGCUGCAGCAGGAAACACUUCAUUACCUGCAAAUGGCCCUCCAGUGGCUGAGCUGCAGUACUGCAGUGUUGCUGUUUCUGGUUCACAUCACUCCAGCUGACAUGCAGUCCUGCAAUGGGGGAUUCCCUGGGAUUCCUGGGAUACCAGGCACUCAUGGGCCCAACGGCAAUGAUGGUACUAAAGGAGAGAAGGGAGACCCCGGUGAGGCAGAUCAUAGCAUGAGGGGUCAGAAAGGAGAACCUGGUCCAAUGGGUCCUCCAGGGCGACCUGGACUGAAAGGGGACCCAGGCCAACCAGGCACUAGGGGAUUACCCGGUCUACCCGGGCCGAAGGGAAGCCCCUUCAGCCAACAACAAUCCUAUUUCUCCUUGAAAUCUACGACAUCAUCACCAGCAGAUACUCCCAUCAUCUUCAAUGGACCAAUUUUGGCUGAAGAGAAUGAACCGUUUCGAGGAGAAAGACUGACAAAUGAGACAACGUACACCUGCACCAACAGAGGCAUAUAUUUCUUCAGUUACCACAUCUCAGGAAGGUACAAGGUGUGCCUGAAGUUGGAGAAAAAUGGUGUAAGUGACAUGGAAUUGUGUGACCAGUAUAAUGGGUUUCUGGUCGUCUCUGGCACGGCAGUUCUGGAGCUGGAAGUUGGCGACGUGGUCUCACUGAAGACAGUCAAGACGAACACCAUCCUGACAGGCCAGGCCAGCGCCAGCACCAUAUUCACUGGCUUCCAGAUCUUCCCAACCUCCUAAAUCUGCAGUCUCCACAGUUUAAUAAAUUACAAAUCUUCUGGGACAGUUAAAGGAACUAAAUGAUGUUUGUGCCUUCUUUAACAGAGCAAAGACUAUCCACAUUUGUAAAGGUUAGCUCUGUGUUGCAGAAUUCAUCCCAUUACACUAACCACAAAUCAUGUUUUACCCAUGCAUGCAUUUUACACUGAUUUACAAGAGUACGAAAACACAGUAAACAAUUCCCCAGUUUUA